CCUGAACAUAAAAGGACAUCAUGACACCUUAACAGUGUUCCUACGGCUUAAACAGUAAACCUAAGCAACACUGAAUUAAGAAAAAUAACUGAGUAGCAACAGAUUUGUUGUCAGUUCAGAUAUCUUCGGAGAAACGUUCCAUGCGUAUCAUAAAAGCAAAACCAAAAUCCUCAAAAUCUAAAAUUUCCAUAAAUGAAACUUAUCUUACCAGUUGUUUACCUGAAACUACGUGUCCUUCAUGAAUUUACAUUAUUGGAUACCUUAAUUAUGCCUCACUUUUGAGCCAUGCGUUACAGCGCUUUCUAAUGAUGAAGUAUGGAGUUAGAGAAUAUCGUAGCUAAUACUGUGUAUAUAAAAGCUAAACGAAGUGGAGCUGACAGAGACAAAGGUCGGAGUAGAAAGUGGAGAACGCUAUUGGCUUUUCCUCAUAUUUCACAGUGUUCACAUCUCAGGAAAUGUUUAGAUUUGGGUUACGACUUCAUUGUUGAGCAACAACCUAUCGGAAAAAGAUUAUUCUGGUUGUUUUGUAGGAGUAACAACUUCCUCUCGGAUGUUGUUGAUUUCGUGGAUUCCAUAAAUACUUACUCAGUGUGCAUUCCAAAUGAGCGCCGAGCCGUUGGCUUGGGAAUUUACGAGCGUUUCCUCUCAGAUAGGGUACUAUAUUUUUUUCAGUGUUAUUCUUUGCAGAGCGUUUUAAAUUUUCGUCAGCUUGGGGAUCUUGGCGAAAGUGUGAUUUUGAAAAUUUUAGAGGAAUCUAACGAGUCUUAUCCUGACAAAGAACUUUUUAGUCCUAUUCUUAGGAUUCUUGAAGGUUUCUUGCGAAACUCACCUUACUCAGAAUUCCUGGACUCGGUUUACUUCGAUCGGUAUCUUCAAUGGAAAUGGUUGGAAAAAACUCCAGUUACCAAACAUACUUUCCGAAUGUACCGUGUUUUGGGUAAGGGAGGUUUUGGAGAAGUAUGUGCGUGCCAGGUCCGAGCGACCGGAAAGUUGUAUGCAUGCAAGAAAAUGGAAAAGAAGCGCAUGAAAAAACGUCGUGCAGAAAAUAUGGCCAUGAUGGAAAAAGAAACAUUGCAAAGAGUCAACUCUCGCUUUGUCGUUAAUUUAGCGUAUACAUUUGAAACUAAAGACGCUUUGUGUCUAGUCCUAACAAUUAUGAAUGGAGGUGAUCUCAAAUUUCACAUCCAUAACAUGAAUAAUGGAAGCGGUUUUAAUGAGAACAGAGCUCGAUUUUAUGCUGCAGAAAUCACUCUGGGAUUAAAACAUAUGCAUACACAAAAUAUUGUUUAUCGUGAUCUGAAACCGGAAAAUAUAUUAAUCGACGAUCAAGGACAUGUCAGAAUAUCGGAUCUUGGACUAGCCGUGUAUAUUAAACCUGGAGGUACAGCUAAAGGAAGAGUAGGGACAUCUGGUUAUAUGGCACCUGAAGUAGUCAUGAACACACCGUAUACAUUCAGUCCUGAUUGGUUUGGAUUAGGCUGUAUUGUGUAUGAGAUGAUAAUGGGACAAGCGCCAUUCCGUAGGCGAAAGGAACGAAUUCGACGUGAAGAAGUGGAUCGUCGUGUAUGUGAAGAUAAUGAAGAGUAUAAUAGUAAAUUUUCUGAGAAUUCUAAAAAUUUCUGUCAAUCGCUUUUACAAAAAGAUCCCCGUUAUCGACUUGGUUGUGAUGAUGCUGGUUCUGAUGGUGUUAAAUAUCACCCUUGGUUUCACGGUAUUAAUUGGGUCCGUUUAGAGGCUGGUCUCGAAGAAGCACCAUUUCUACCCGAUCCACAUGCAGUUUACGCCAAAGAUGUUUUAGACAUUGAACAAUUCUCCACAAUUAAAGGUGUUACACUGGAUAGCAAAGAUAUGGAAUUUUAUAAACGUUUCUGUUCUGGAGCUGUUAGUAUACCGUGGCAGAAUGAAAUGCUAGAAACAGGCUGUUUUGAUGACUUGAAUGAAUUUCACAAAGAAGACGGGACUUUAGUAGAUAAUUUAAAUCCUGAUACUCCACCAAUUCAACAAAAUCCUCCCUCCAGUAAUCGAAGUAUUUUCGAUAGAUUGUUUAAACGUAAACGCCGAUCACUUGGUCCACCAUCAAGUCAAUCAGAAGUGACUAGUCAAGAAAGCACUAUGAAACAAAGCAAAGCUAUGUCAUCACUUGAAGUGGAAAAUGCUACCGUUGACAGCAUGCCAAGUGGGAAGACAAAUCUGUUAUCAGAAUCAACUGGAGACAAUUUGUCAGACAAAGAAAGUGCAGUUGCAUGUAAACAAGAAAAGAUUUCAUCGGAUAGGCAAGACGAUGGGAAAACAACUGAUCAUAUUACUGUAGAGAAUCAGAUAUCUAAAACUACUAACAGUCAUUGUAGCAUGGAUUCAAGCGCCCUAUCUCAUAAAAAUAUUAAAUCAAAGAGUAGACGUCUAACUCUUCCUGUGCAUUCUUCAUUUUUAUGCUGUACACAUGCUAAAUAAUAUACCUUUUUGCUAUCCCUCUCUUUCUGCUUUCUUCUUCUUCUUCAUCCUUUUGUAGAGGAGAUUUUCGUUUCGUUUCACCUGAAUCAACUUUUUCGUCUUCUCGUUUUCUUUUCCUAACACACUCUGUGUUUCGUAUACUUUUGUAAAAUGUCUUCCUUGACAUGUGAAAUUCUCUGACUAAAGUAAUUAGAGGAGAAAUAAUUUGCCAAUACAGACGAAAGCUAAAACUUUUCUCGGCAUUUCCUAAGAAGGAGUCUCCAGUAGAAGAUUGUUAUGUGUAUGAUUUGAGGGAUACUUUGACUCGAAUAAUUCGGCAACACUAUUGAUGUCUAUGGAUCAAAGAUAUAAUUAUUAUUAUUAUUUUUCUUUCCUGUCAUCUUUCUGUUCAACUGUGUAAAUAAAUGCAUUUUGAUGCAUUUAUGCGUGUAUUUGCUUAUACUCCUCCGUUGUAUACGCGUGCGUAUAAGCAAGCAACGCCUAUUGUUAACUGUUGUGUGUACUUCAAUCGCCUGGAUUUUAACAAGUAUUUUCAUCAUAUAUCCUGUUUCAUUAUCAUCAAUGUUUUAUCGAUUGAUUUGUUUACUUUGGACACCAGCUUUAUUUUUUGACGAAUAGUAGUAUUCGUUUCUGUUUUGUUUUAUUUUGUUAUUUUAGAAACAAAAUGUUUUUAUCUCCGAAAAAAUUAUUCACUUCUUUUUAUAAAUCAGUUCGUACAAAUAAUUAUGCUUUUACACACACACACCACGAUCUCAGAUUAUUGAAUUUUGUUUUCUUUUGUACGUUAUGUAUGUAAUAUGCAUUGUGCAUCGAAGUCAACUGCAAUCAUCAUGUAUAAUUCACAAGGCAAUCUCUUCUUUUUUUAGAAAACAAAAAUUAUUAUACAUUCAAUGUAUAUUUUAUUUCAUUUGUAAACUGAAAUGGUAUUGAAAAGAAAAAGACAACUGUUUUUUUUAAGCUGCCUCCUAUUUAAUUUUUUUUUGUUUUUGUUUUUGCCCUUUCAUUUUAAUUAUACUCUCCAUGAUGCUAUACUAUUCUAGUACUUUUGAUGAUCUCUUUUUACUCACUGUGAGUUACUUCCUACCCCAUUUUUUGAAUGAAUAACGAAAACUGUCCAGUUGUCUCUCUCUCUUCUGUACUAUUCUCUCAUUUGUUAUAUAUGCGGAUUUAUUGUUUUGAUUAUUCACAUCCCGGUUUGUUUGUCUGCUUGCUUGCUUGCUUGCUUGCUUUUCUUUUCCUUGUCAUACACCCCACACUCCUCAUACAAAUUAUUAUUUCAUCUGCAUAAAUUUACUCAUAGUUAGUUGUCUUCACAUUUUACUGCUGUGAAAGUAAAAUUAGGCAAAAAGUCAGUUGUGUUUUGUGAUUUUCUGCCUAUCGAUAUCGGAGUGUAAAUAAUAAAUCUAGAGAAAAAAAUUAAUAAAUAAAUAUCUCGAUUUAUUUGCUUUUCUGUUCCUACGACUUUCUUUCUCUUUUUUUGCUUCUGAUGCUUUCUUCCCCCCCCUUUCUCUUUGCUUCUUUCUCCCUUGGUGUGUUUUUGUCUGUGUGCAUUUGUGAAUGGCAGGCAUUACAGUGCAGUUGUUAUUUGACAAUCUGUUUUGCCUACAUUUUCUCUUCUCAAUUUAUUUGCUCUAUUUUAACAAGUUAUUCACGCUGUAUUAUUUUGUACAAAAUAUUAUGUUUAACAAGUGAAUUUCUUACCCCGAGAUAAAAAUAAAUUGAUGUAUAAAUGCAUGACUGUCUCGUAAAUAGCUUUUCUGUGUGUAAAA